UGCCCUCGAUCUGUGCGCCAGCCCCCAUCACCAACCUCAUCCGGGAAUAUAAUGUCCGGGCAAAUGCCACCAUGGAUAAGUCUUUUUCUAUUGGCAGAUUUGUUACUGGUCUGCCACCUUUUUCCAAGAAAAAGAGUGCAGAGAACAAGUGGUCUCUUCACAAGGAAGGUCUUCAAGGACGGCAAUUAACUGAUACUUUGCGGGAGAAAUACAAGAAUAAACCAUGGAUUCUGGAAGAUGAGACCGGUCAGUAUCAGUAUCAAGGCCAACUUGAAGGAUCACAGUCUUCAACUGCAACAUACUAUCUGCUGAUGCUGCACGGGAAGGAGUUCUUAGCUUUUCCUGCUGGUUCCUGGUAUAACUUUAGCAAAAUUGCGCAGUACAAGCAAUUGACAUUAGAGGAGGCUGAAGAGAAGAUGAAUAAGAGGAAGAACAAUGCAACUGGAUAUGAAAGAUGGAUGAUGAAGGCAGCAACUAAUGGAGCUGCUGCUUUUGGUGAAACGAAGAAGAAUGAGAGCGCAGGGAGUGAACGGUUAGAUGUUGGUCGCCCUAAGAAAGGUAAAAACAAUGAAGAUGAAGAUCAUUCUGAUAAGGGUGAGGAGAAUGAGGAAGAGGAGGUAGCCAGGAAGAACAAGCUUGAGCUCAAUAAAAAGGGCGUUGAUGACGAUGAUGAUGAAGGUGGAAAGGGUGACUUUGAUUUGGAUGAUGAUGAAAUUGAGAAAGGUGAUGAUUGGGAGCAUGAAGAGAUAUUCACUGAUGAUGAUGAAGCCGUGGGGAAUGAUCCAGAAGAACGGGAAGAUCUAGCUCCUGAGAUUCCUGCUCCACCAGAAAUUAAGCAGGAUGAUGAUGAUGAGGAUGAAGAAGAAGAGGGUGGCUUGAGCAAGUCUGGAAAGGAAUUGAAGAAAUUGCUUGGGAAGGCUGCUGGGUUGAACGAAUCAGAUGCUGAGGAAGACAACGAGGAAGAUGUAAACUACGAGGAAGAUGAAGAGGAGACAUCCCCUGUUCUCGUUCCAAAACAUAAAGAAGCACCCAAAGAUGAACCUGUAGAGAACAGCCCAUCAAAGCCAACUCCUCCUUCGGGAUCUGCUCGUAGUACGCCAUCUGCAUCCAAAUCAUCAAAGUCAAAGAGGAAGACCGGAAGUGAUGAUGCAAAGUCUGCUAAUGGUGCAACUGCGAAGAAGGUGAAGACUGAAAGUGAAACAAAAGCGAAGGAUGAGACACCAUCUUCAUCAAAAUCUAGCGCUGCAUCUCAGAAAGCACCUGCUUCGGCAGCUGCUCGAUCUGGAACUACACCCUCUACUGCUCCUGUUACAGAGGAAGAAAUCAGGAGUGUUCUUCUUUCAAUAACACCGGUAACAACACAGGAUCUAGUUGCCAGAUUCAAAGCUAGGCUAAAAUCGAAGGAGGAUAAGGCGGCUUUUGCGGAUAUUCUGCGGAGAAUAUCAAAAAUUCAGAAGACCAAUGGUCACAGCUACGUUAUUCUGAAAGAUAGUAAGUAAAUUUUAUAGUUGGCCUGGUACAACGAUGUAUGGACGAUCUAAGAGCUUCGAGUCUCUGUAAGAAACAAUGCAGGUUUUUUUCUCUUUUUUUUUUAACUGUUGUAAUAUUCUACAUUUUUUACUUUUGGUUCCUUUUAAUAUGGAACACUCCAAAAUAUUACAUGUGCAUUAAGGAGAACAUGCAAGCUUCUAAUCCUGUUACGUGUUUCACGAUUCAGUGGUCACUCUCGGUUGUUACCUCGUGUGUUUCACGUAACAUGCUAGGUUGUAUUUUCCACUUACAAACAUGACACACAGUAUAGUAAGAUAGACAAACUAAUUUGGAUAAAUAGAGAACUAUGUUUGAUAUUGA